AUGCGUCGCCUCGAGCGCGACCGUCCAUCUAUCAACCCAUCGGACAAAUUCUCCUUCUGGGAGGUCUUCCGCUCUCUGAGCUCACCCCAGGUUAUCUUUAUGUUUAUUAUCUUCUUCAUGCUCGGAACGACACUUUACGGUCUUGCACUCUUCCUGCCUUCCAUUGUAAACCAACUCGGCUUCAGCCCUAAUAAAUCUCAGCUUCUGAGCGUCGGUCCGUUUGCUGCUGGGUUCUUCAUCACUUUCUUGGUAGCGUAUCUCUCUGACAAAUAUAACUCCCGAGGCAUCCCAUCUGCCAUCGUGUCGAUGCUGGCAGUGAUUGGCUUCGCUGUAUACCUCCGCACUGAUCACAAGUUCACCGCCUAUGGAUCUCUCUACCUCACCGUUCCAGGUGUGUACGCCUGUGCGCCGAUGCUUUGCGCAUGGAUGGCCAACAACUCGGAACCAUACUACCGCCGAGCUACCAGUGUUGCAAUCGGCUUCGUGGCUACCAAUGCUGGAGGAAUUUUGAGUACAUGGAGGUUCCCCACCAAAGAAGGCCCCCGCUUCAGGAAGACAACCAUUAUGGAUCUUACGUUCUCCGUACUCAUCGUUGUCUUCUGCUUGAUCAACAUGCUCUACCUCAACUGGCGUAACCAGCAGAAGAAGAAGCAGCGUACCGCGCUCCUUGCACCAUACGCCGACGAGAAGCGCAGCGACGGCGGCGAGCGCGCGUGGAUCGAACUGGGUGACCAACAUCCGGACUUCAUCUACACACUCUGA